GAAAUUAAUUGAAUCAGAUGAGAAACAAUCAUAUAAUUGAAGAGAACAAGCCCUAAGUCAUAAGAUAUUGGAGCCAAACCAUGCUAAAAUGUUGAAUUUACUUGACAAACUAUUAUUGUAAAAUAUACUUCUUUCUCAAUUACCAUAAUGUGAGUGAUGGAUACCCGGGAAUGGGGGUAUCCAGCCCAACAGGAAAAUGGCCCAGCCCAAUUACGCCAAGGCCCACUUGGCAAAACCAAGAUGAAGGACCAUCAAAGAUCACCUCGGCAGAUGUCAUGCGAUCGGCCUCAGCAGUCUCGCUCACCUUCGGACCGAUCCGGCCGGUCUCCCGUCCGGAGAACUUCCGAAUAUAUGUCAUAUACUCGGCCUCGGCCAUGAACAGCGACAGACCAGACAGACAAGGGAGCUGGCGUGGUCAAGUCCUAGGGAUAAUUAUGUGGUUGGACGCCGCCAGUGAACAACCCAAUCUUAGUGGGCCCAGACCAUUGGAUUACGGACCAACGGUCGGAACCCUAGCUGUAAUGACCGGCCGCGUGGACGAUGGGAAGAAGAACGGGGAUAACCGAGGCAAGAAGCCGGCGGGAACUCAGCAGAAGAAGAGGAAGGAGAUAGGUCUCCCGAGCGACGAGGAAGAAGAAGACAAUCCUAGACAGAAGAGGGUUGAGGAGAACAGAAUGAUCUACGGUGGCAACACCGGGGGAGAUAGUGCCGAGAAAAGAAAGAAAUGGGUACGCUCGGCUUACGUCGGAGAUGUUCACAGUGCACCUGGACCGUCGAAAAUCACGAAGACAGAGCCCCUCCUAUUUGGUCCCAAGGACCUGCCUGAGAUCCCAUCACCCCACAGAGACGCUUUGGUCGUCAGGUGUGAGAUCAACGAGGUGGUAAUCCACCGAUCCUACGUUGACAAUGGGAGCUCGGUAAACAUUAUGUAUGCAAUGACAUUUGAGGAGUUGGGAUUAAAGAAGGAACUCUUGAAGAGGGUAAGGACUCCCUUGUCCGGAUUCACGGGGGACAUCAUCGAUUCAGAGGGCCUAGUCGAGGUGAUGGUCACCUUCGGCGAUGGAGAGCAUAAAAAGACGAUCCCGGUUGAAUUUUUGGUGGUACGACUUCUGGGAUCCCAUAAUCUGAUCUUGGGUCGGCCUGCACUGGAAGAUCUCGACUCCGUAACAUCGGUGAAGUAUUUGAGCAUGAAAUUCCCCACCGAUUCAGGGGUAGGAGUGUGCAGAGGAAACCAGAAGCUCGCCCGACUCUGCUACCAAAAGCAAACCAAGAAGAUGGACGCUCAGGAUCUCAGGGUGGACAGUAUUGCCACGGCACUUUUGAAGGAGGAAGAAGGACGUCCCCGAGCCGAGCCGGCCGAGGACACAGAAGACGUGGUGAUAAUGGAGGAGCAGCAGGAGAAGAAAAUCAAGCUCGGUAUUAACAUCAGUGCCGAGCUUCGAUCGAAAAUCAUACAGGUGUUAGCGAAGCAGGUCAAGGGCGAGAAGCUGUACCUUUACUUGGGAGUUAGCCCGGGGGCCAUAAGCUCCGUCUUGUUGCGAGAGGAGGGGGACACUCAGCGCCCUAUCUAUUAUGUUAGUCGAACCUUGAGGGAUGCCGAGCUCAGAUACUCGGUGGUGGAGAAAACAAUCUUGGCCGUUGUUAACACGGUCAAAAAGCUGAACCAUUACUUCCAAGCCCACGAAGUGGAAGUAAGGAGUCAUCAACCUGUGAGCAUCAUCAUCAGCAAUCCGACGGCCUCUAACAGGGUCAUCAAGUGGUCUGUCUAUCCGAGUCAAUAUCAGAUAGAGAUGAAGCCGAGGGCAGCAAUCAAAGCCCAGGCCUUGGCCGAUUUCAUGGUAGAAUGUACUGCACGUGACAACAACCCCAUACCCGUGGCGGAGCAGGGAGAAUGGUGGACUUUAUCUACUGAUGGAUCGUCAGCUGCAAAGGCUUGCGGUGGGGGCGUGGUAAUCCAAUCACCGGAAGGAUUCCGCUCCUAUCAUGCAAUAAAAUUCCAGUUCAAGGUGUCCAACUACGAAGCCGAGUAUGAAGCAUUACUAAGCGGACUGAGGCUCAUCCUCAACCUGAAGGCCGAGUACAUCAGGAUCAGGUGCGAUUCGCGCCUGGUCGUCAGUCAAAUCAAAGGAGAGUUCGACACCAAGGAGGAACGGAUGCGCCUAUACAAGGAGGCGGCCUUAGAGUUGCUCAAAAUCCUCAAAGGAUAUGAGCUCGUGCAGAUCCCAAGGGCGGAAAACACCGAGGCAGACGUCCUCUCCAAACUGAGCAACGACAGCCCCGAACAUAUCUCCAAGAUGGCUCACAUUGAAAACCUGGGAACCCCAAGCAUCCACGGCGGGGCAAAUCAUGGAAGAAGUGCACGAAGGAGUAUGCACGGCACAUCAAGGUCCUUUCUCCAUGGCCAUACGCAUUGUCUUGCAGGGAUACUUCUGGCCGACCAUGGUGAAAGACUGUGCCAAGCGCGCCAAGCGUUGCAAGACUUGAUCGGACUGAUGCCGAGGGCACCUGGCAAUUUCCGUUGGAUCAUUGUGGCCAUCGAUUACUUCACGAAGUGGAUCGAGGCCGAGCCUUUAGUGGGAGGAACUUCAGAGCAAUGCUCAAAGUUUGUGAACAACAAUAUACUCUGCCGAUAUGGUGUCCCAAAGCAGAUCACUACGGACAACGGAACCCAAUUCGAAGCCGGAGAUUUCAAUGAACUAUUAGGAGAUUGGAAGAUAAGGCACACCUACAGUUCUGUCGCCUACCCGCAAGGAAACGGCCAAGUAGAGAACGCCAACCGAACAAUCAUGGACGGGAUCAAGAAGAGGCUGGAAUCUUACAAUGGAGCAUGGGUGGACCAACUUCCCAACGUGCUGUGGGCAUACCGCACAACUCCGAGGAGGGCGACAGGGGAAACACCAUUUUCCAUGUGCUACGGUCUGGAAACAAGAGCACCCUCGGAAGUGUUCAUUCCAACAUGGAGAGAGGAGAACUAUGAAGCCAGGGAGAACGAGGAAACCAUGGCGGCCGAUCUCAACUUUGUUGAAGAGCGCCGGGAGCAGGCUUUCCUCAAAGCAGAAAACUACCGAAGGCAAGUAAAAGAGUACUACGACCGCAAAGUCAGAGCAAGGGAAUUCCGAGUAGGGGACUUGGUACUUAGGAAAAGGGAAGCCAGUCAGCCUACAGAAGGAGGAAAGUUUGCCAAAAGCUACGAAGGACCAUACAAGGUCACAGCCGUGCUCAGGCCGGGCACCUACAAGCUCGCCACGAUCGAAGGGCGCGAACUCGGCAAGCACUGGAAUACGCACAAUCUCAUUUCUUUUUACAUGUAAGGCACUGAGAACCGUAACCAGAACGGCGAUACAUCAUUAUUCAAGCACAAGAACGUGAAGCACUGUUUCCCGAAUGGUCAAAAUACACAUUUAUUUCUUCAGAAAAUGAAGAAUCUACUGAGGA